GGUUCGACCAAUAUCGGUCUGAUGCCCUUGGCAGAUAAUCCAAGUACCACCAUCUAUAGAUCGCCAAGUGCUCGUCAACCUUCAAAAGCUCAAGUCAAAGGCUUUGUUACAUGGUCUGUCGCAUUCUUAGUGACGCGGUACAUUAAUCUUGCAUUUAUCGGUCGCCAUCGGUGUAUGCUGUUUUUUCUCUUCUUGGAUAUAGAGUUUUGCUGGUACCCCUGCUGCCGCACACUACAGUAUCUACCUACCUAGUUAUCUAAUCUUCUGAUAAUUUGUUUCGUCAUUCUCACCCUGAAAGCUACAAAAUUCGUCGAAUUCAUGUGCGUCAGAUCAUAGGUGUCGCAUCACCAUGGCUAUAGCGAGGCCAGUUCGCGCUCUGGCGCUUGCCGUUGUUUUUAUCCUCCUCUUUUGCUUCUACAACAUAUUUCAGCCCAGCAACGGUGUUCAUGACCGCGCGAGCCUCAAGACAAAGGCUGACUUCCACGGCACAAUCGAGAGGGAUCCUAAUUUAGAUCCUACGGGAGAGCCUCUAGGCAACCUAGUACGCACCUCCGAUGCCUAUGCGCCAGGCAAAGCCGGUACCGCUCGAAUCCCCGCAACCCUCCUAGCGCUGGUCCGUAAUGAAGAGCUCUCGGGCAUGUUGCAAUCGAUGGAGGAUCUGGAACGUACAUGGAACCACAAAUUCAACUACCCUUGGACCUUUUUCAACGAUGUCCCCUUUACCGAAGAAUUCAAACGCAAGACACGCGCCGCAACCAAAGCCGAAUGUAGAUAUGAGGUUAUUCCCAAGGAGCAUUGGCAGAAGCCGUCAUGGAUCAAUGAUGACAUCUUUGCCGAAUCCGUCAAGAUCCUCGAGGAGAAUGACAUCCAAUACGCAGGCAUGCUCUCAUACCAUCAAAUGUGCCGAUGGAAUAGCGGCAUGUUCUACAAACACCCUGCACUUGCCGACAUACAGUACUACUGGCGAGUUGAGCCCAAAGUGCACUUCUUCUGUGACGUUGACUACGAUGUCUUCCGUUACAUGCAAGACCACAACAAGACGUAUGGAUUUACCAUUACUCUAUAUGAUGCGCCACAAUCGAUCCCGUCUCUCUGGCCAGAGACAGUGAAAUUUAUCAAUGAGCACCCCGAGUAUCUCCACGAAAACCGUGCAGAGGGUUGGUUGACCGAUAGAACGCGCCGACCGGUUCACAACGAGUUGGCAAACGGCUACUCUACUUGCCAUUUCUGGACGAAUUUUGAAAUUGCAGACAUGAAUUUCUGGCGGAGCCAAGUCUAUGAAGACUACUUUAACCAUCUAGAUCGAGCUGGAGGGUUCUUCUAUGAGCGCUGGGGCGAUGCGCCGGUACAUAGUAUCGCACUAGGUUUAUUCGAGGACAAGAACAAGAUCCAUUGGUUCCGAGAUAUCGGUUAUCAACAUAUUCCGUUCUUCAACUGCCCCAACUCGCCUAAGUGUAGAGGCUGUGAGACUGGGCGGCUAACAGACGGCGAGAAGUGGUUGAAUAAGGAAGACUGCCGGCCGAACUGGUUCAAAUACGCGCACAUGAAUUAAAAAUUUGGGUAUUAACUUGGGGUGGGAGGAUACGUCCAAUGAUCAGGUAGCAGCACACCAAGACCUGGGUAGGCGUGUGGUGCAUAUUAUAUGCGGGCUUGAUACUGGGAUGUUUUUGGCGCAUAGAAAGGGGCGUUCAUGUUGAUGUUAACA